UUAGAUUACAACAACUUAAUCACAAAAUGGACUAAGUUAGCCACUUUAGACUACAUAAAAGGUUUAAAAGAAAUCAAGAAUAAACAAGCCAAACAACCACAAUCAAUCACCAACAUCAAUGAAGAAUACUUUUUUCAAUAUCAAUUUAUAACCAAAUAUCAAUAG